UUAUGGGGAAUCAGGUGCUGGUGAUGACGUGCCACAUCUUCCUGCAUGUGUUAAAGAAUGGAGUCUUGCCACUAUCAAAAAUCAACCUGCUGGUUUUUGACGAAUGCCACCUUGCAAUCACGAACCAUCCUUAUCAGGAAAUAAUGAAGAUUUGUGAGGGUUGCCCAGGCUGUCCUCGCAUUUUGGGUCUGACUGCUUCCAUUUUAAAUGGCAAAUGUGACCCUUGUGAUCUGGAGGAGAAGAUUCAGAACCUGGAGAAGAUUUUGCAGAGCAAUGCAGAGACUGCCACCGAUCUUGUGGUGCUGGAUAGGUAUGCGUCCCAGCCUCGUGAGGUGGUGCUGGACUGUGGGCUGUACCAGGAUCAGAGUGGGCUCUCUAAGAGGCUUUUGAGCGAGUUGGAUGAAGCCCUUCAUUUUCUUAAUGACUGCAACUUAUUCACUCAUCGAGAAGAUAGAGACCCCACCUUCAUCUCCAAACAGGUGCUGAAUGACUGUCGUGCUGUGUUGACUGUGCUGGGCCCUUGGUGCGCAGAUAAAGCUGCGGGAAUCAUGGUCCGGGAGCUUCAGAAAUAUAUCAAACAUGAACAGGAAGACCUGAACCGCAAGUUCCUGUUGUUCACGGACACCAUUCUGAGAAAAAUCCACGCCUUAUGUGAGGAGCAUUUCUCUCCAGCUUCCCUAGACAUGAAGUUUGUCACUCCCAAAGUCAUCAGACUUCUGGAGAUUCUCCACGAGUACAAACCUUUUGAACGGCAGCAGUUUGAGAGUGUGGAGUGGUACAACAAUCGCAAUCAGGACAAUUACGUUUCUUGGAGCGAUUCUGAGGACGAAGACGAGGAUGAAGAGGCGGAGGCAAAGGAGAAGCCCGAAGCAAAUUUUCCCUCGCCUUUCACCAACAUCCUCUGUGGAAUCAUCUUUGUGGAAAGGCGAUAUACAGCGGUUGUUUUAAACAGACUUAUUAAGGAAGCAGGGAAGCAGGACCCAGAGCUGGCGUACAUUAGUAGCAACUUCAUCACAGGUCACAGCAUCGGCAAGAACCAGCCUCGCAACAAACAAAUGGAGGUGGAGUUCAGAAAACAAGAGGAGGUCCUGAGGAAGUUCAGAGCCCAUGAAACCAACUUGCUCAUUGCAACCAGCAUUGUGGAAGAAGGUGUUGAUAUUCCAAAGUGCAAUUUGGUGGUUCGGUUUGACCUGCCGACAGAGUACCGG